AUAGAAAGAAGCUGAGUCUGCGCGAUACAGUUUAUUUGAAGCGGCACGAAGUGGGGAUCCGGCUUGGCACAUAGUGCCGCGUCCCCAACGCGUUUCCAAGCUUUAGUCGCGCGAUCCCGUUCGAAGCGUCGCCGUAUCAUCCGUAUAUAGUGUUGGCUAUCUUUCUCGUUUCUUUUGAUUUCGAUCGAUCGAUCGAUCGAUCGUUUGAUCGUUCGAUCGUUCGAUCUAUCUCCAUCGACGUCUUGGGAUUCGAGUAGAAAGAAGAAACAAAAUCAAUUUAUAUACUUUUCUUCUCUUUUGUUAGUUCGUUAUUUGUAUCUAUCUGUCUCGUUUUUUUUUAUUUAUUUUUUUUUAUAUUGGUCUCUCUUCCAUUUUCUUGUAAUCACGAAUCCAAUUCCCUCUCCCUCUCUUUCCCUUUCCCAUUUCGAGUUUCAUUGUUGUCUCUUCUUUCUCUUUUCUCUUUUUUCUUUUUUCUUUUUCGUACGAUUUAUCGAGUGAAAGUUCCAAGUAACACCAAAGAAGGAUUCGAAGAGAAGGAAAGAUGGUGCCGCCUCGUUUCCGUGCACUCCUCCCCGUCUAUAAGUUUACUAGUUUGUGCGAGUGGGGAUUCGUGUGUUUGAUCGGCAAUCGUUGAAGGGAGAAAGAAGCAAACAAAAGAAAGGAAGAGGGAGGAAGAAGGAGAAAACGAGAAGAAAGGAAGGAAGGAGAUCCUCGAAGAUCGAGAAAGAGGAGAUAAAAAGAAGAAGAGAAACAAUUAAGAAGAAGAUGUCGUCGAGCGGAGAAUUUUCAACUUUGUCAAGUGGAGAGGCCACCGGUACCGGUGACGAUUCUUUGCCAAGUUCUCGGGAAGCCACCGCGGAAGCUGCUGGUUCCGCUGGAGGUUUUAUGCCUUUGCGCGAUUUCCUUGAUAGAUUCUCGCUACCGAGGGUGGUCAGAGUUGAAGGUGCCGGUGGACGACCGAUUUUACUUUACAAACAGCAGCAAAGAUCUCUCAGGGUAACAGCAACUUUACUUAUGCAUCGUUAUCGUCACGAUGUCAAGGUUGGACCGGAAAUUGUCAUACCGGAAGGAUAUCCUGGCUGGUUUUCGGUCGUGUCAAACAGCAGCGGUACUGGAAACGCGCGUGUCUACAGAAGAGUCGGCGCUUUGGUCCGAGCCGGUGUGCCGGCUUUUCUACUCGCAAAGCCGCUCAGAGCUUACACGCUCACGCACUCGAAGAUGGAAAAUGGGAAUUUGCGAGCACAUUAUACGAAGACCACCGUACGAGCUGGCGAAGUGCUCCGAUUAACCGCCGUUUUUCAAGACACUAGACGAGCUCCGGUCUCCAACAGCGGCAUAUCCGGCGUAAUAACUGGCAUUCCGGAUGGAAAGAGCUCAAGAUCGUCGGAGAGAGAUCAGUACGCUCAGUGUCUAGAUUCUCAUGGGCACGAGCUAUUUGCUCCGCUUUCGGCGAGAGGCGAGUUUUAUGCCACUUGUCAAAGUGGAACCCUUGAUACUGGAAGCGACGCGGUCCUUUACAGAGUUCAUCAGCUCGCUAGGAGAGACCUACCACUUAGAGUACGUCUAGUCGCAGGGCCUUUACCAAUACCAUUACCACGAGAUUAUAGUGGAUUGAUGCAAUUGGAAGGUGCGACAAGAGGACCAAUAGUAUUAGGCUGUGCAGUACCACUGAUGCCUGAAAGACCUUUGCCAAAUUCUACGGUACCGGAAUUAUUAGAACUCGUAGCUACCGGUCCAACUGCGCCAAGAGUGAAAAGAGCACGAUUAGGAUGUCCUUCCGAAGCAAGGCUAUUGGCGUCUCCGAAAAUGCAACGAUUAUUAUCGGCAUGCAGAAGAGCAUUGGAUCAGAGAGCAACGGAGCCUCGAGUGGCACCACCAAAACCUUGCAUCAAUGGUGGCCAAUUGAAGGAACUUCACUUGAAGGAAAUUAAAUCUAAACCUGAACCUAAACCAAUACUUCAGAGUCUUAAAGAAAGUUUAGAACAUAUAAAGAGAAGCACGAUACGAGAUCGUAGCAACGGGAGAAACCUUAGUACCGGUAACAAUCACAGCUUUCUCGACAAAAUCUCGAGGAUAGCCCAAGGUGGUAGAAGCCGGAAUCCAGCGAAAAAGUCAGCGUCCUUCACCUUUGCCGUUAGACCGGAAAUUGGUAUGAGAUCACCGGAGAGAUACGCGAGUCUCGAGUCGGAAACAAAUCUCAUGCAUGCAUCACCGUCUUCGAGGCAUCAGGUUCAAAGAUCGAUCUCAACGAGUGUGCUAGAGAUUCAAUCCCAGGCUGAGGCCGAUCCUCCUUAUUCCAAGGUCAGAGAUAGUCUAACACCAUUGCCACCAACACCACCACCAAGAACGGAAGAUAUCUACGCUGAGAUUUGUGAACCACCGAACAGAAAAAUACUUCGUGAUUCUCCGGAAGAGAAACCACCGCCUCCUCCACCAAGUAAAAAUCAGCAAUGUAGUGGUGGUGGUAGUGGUACCAGGGAGAAAGACAGAGGUUACGUCAAGUUGGCUUUAACACGAUCGGAAGUAUCUGAUGUUUCAACAAGUACGAAUACCGUAGACGAAGAGGGAAUUUAUAACACUGUUUGUUGAGAAUACUCACGUUACAACAUUUCCUUCUUCUUUUUCUUCUUCUUCUCAUUCAAAGAAGAAUGUGCAGAAGAGCAAGCUCGUCGAAGAUUAACCAUAACGUUGAAAAAAGAAGAAAACUUAGAAGGAUGAAAUAGAGAGAGAGAGAGAGAGAGAGAGAGAGAGAGAGAGAGAGAAAGAGGAAAAAACAAAAAAAAAUGAAAAAAGAAAGAAAGAAUUAAUUGUGAGAUUGAAUCUUCAAUGAGAAGGCUGUUCGAACGUGGACAUCCUCGACGAGAGGACCGAACAGGAAAGAUUUGCAAGGCCAUUGACCGAAGAAAAUCAUCCAGUAAUUACAGACUCGCGGACGAGCAACGGAUAUAGCGGUUUUCUCCGAAGAUGGCUUUCGCAAUCUGGCUUCCGGUAUUACGGCGAUACUGUCGUCGAAACUACCUCAGACUCGAGUUCAAUGAAAAUAACAUAGUUGCGUGUGUUUAUGGGAAUUCCUUGUCCUAUACGAAAUGUAAUCUAAUGAAUUCUUGGGAAACAGUUGAAAGAAAAAAAAUAUAAGGAAAAAAACGAAAGUAAUUGAUACGAUCUUCGAAAUACCUGUUUGCAUUAAUUUUUUCUUUUUUAUUUAUCUUUAUUUUCGAUUAAUUAAAGACGAUCUUUUUUAAAAGGACGAACGUUCAUCGAAGUUCGUUGGGGAGAGAGAUCUUCAGCACAAAAAAAAGAAAAGAAAAA